CUUCUGUGAGGAAGGACUCGGCAAGAACAUUAGUUGUUGUUUUUUUUCCUGUUUACAACGCAUUCAGUCAGUUAAUAUAAAAUUGUGUUUGCUAGACGAGGUGGAGAUGAAAUGUGUUAUUGAGGGAAAUAACGUGAAGGCUUUUGGGAAAGCAGUUCACGCACUUGCACGCAUAGGAGAGGAUCUAUGGCUGGACCCAUCUGAAAAAGGGUUGGCGUUGCGUGCGGUGAAUUCGGCCCAGUCUGCGUACGCCUGUUUCCUCUUCUCUCCAGACUUCUUCCGCGUCUACCAGCAGCCCACAGACACACACACACACUGCCCUAACACACCGCUCAAAUGCAAACUAGCCAUGAAGUCGGUUCUCCCCCUGUUCCGCUGCCUGGCUACUGUGGAACGGAACGUGGCCAGCUGUGAGAUCUCAGUGGGUUCCGAAGAGAACCGCGUGGUGUGCAAGUUCUACUGCAGACACGGCAUCACCAAGACUCACAACCUGAGUUACCAGGAGUGUGAGGCUCUGCAGGCAGUAUUCCCCACCAGCCUCUGUCCAAACGUACUCAAGGCACAGGCCAAGUUGCUGGGUGACAUGGUGCGUCACUUCCCCCAGUGUCAAGAGGAGAUCACUCUCGCCAUCUCACCUCUCAGACUAACACUGCGCAACUACAACGAAGACCUACACGCACUCACUCUCGGCAUCUCACCCCUCAGACUCACACUGCGCAACUACAACGAAGACCUACACGACCGUGUGAAGAUAAUGAGUACGGAGAUGAGUCUUCACCCAGAUGAGUUUGACUACUUCCAGGUCGGCAUAGACUCACACGUCACGUUCUGCCUCAAGGAGCUGCGGGGCUUGCUGGCAUUUGCAGAGUCCUAUAGUCUGUCUGUGUGUGUUCAUUUUGGCGCCUCUGGAAAGCCGGUAUCCUUCAGUCUUGAGGACAUGAGUGUGAAUGCUACUGUGGUGUUGGCUACGCUGGAGGACAGCAGCAGCCAGCAGCCCUCACACACACACAGCCCAGAGAUGCUGUGGAGGGCCUUGUCCUCCCCAUUCCUGGGCUGUGUGGAGGUGCCUUCUCCUUCCCUGCCUCCCCAGUUCUGGGUCGUGGGGCGGGCCGACAGUUUAGGGGGGCUACGGAGGAGGCCAGGGGGGCAUCGGGAGAACACCCCCAGGGAGAUUCAAGCCAGUGGGAUAUUCAAUCAUGACUACUACAUGAGGAGGCUACUGGCUCCCCCCAUACUGUCCAGAGAGCAGGAACAGGAUACGACUGCCCUGACCAACAUGGCCGACGCACACCAUAUGGAUGACAACACGUUCAACAUGACUGACCCACCCAACAUGGCUGAGGACACAUUCAACAUGGCCGAUGCCACAUUCAAUAUGGCCGAUGCCCUACCCAAUAUGGCCAAUCCACUCAAUAUGGCCGACUCAUUCAACAUGUCUCCCGUCCUCCAAAUGGCCAACGCCGCGGCAACCAUCCCCACACUCAGCCAAACGGUGCUCAUGGAGGAGGACGUGUCUACCACUUUCAACAACAAAAUGGCCGACAACGCACUCAACAUGUCAUGUGCCCCACCCAACAUGCCGGACACCACGCACUACCCCAUGGCCAACAUGGCCAAUGCCGAUGCAGCAGUCGUCCCCACCGGUUAUAGCCAGCCAGUGGCGAUGGAGGACAUGGAGGCUGAGCCCGUUUCUGCCCUAUCCAAGAUGGCCGCCAAGCCUAUGCCAUCCACCCCACUGACUGGCAAGGUCCACUCGCUGCUGUUCGGUGCGUUGUGUCUGCAGAACCCUGAUGGCAGUCAGCUGCCGCUCCCCACACUGGCCUGGGCAAGCGACACAGAGGACGACCCCCCUGACAACAACCAGAUACACACACACACUCGCAUCACAGAGGAGUAG